AUGUCGACAAUAGUAAAGGAAGCUUCUCAAAGCUCAUAUCCCCCCGUCAUUCCUAAGGACUUUAAUGGAAACCAGCCAAAGACGAUCCGUCUGUAUCCUUUGAGCAAUUAUACUUUUGGAACAAAAGAUGGCCAGCCAGAAGAGGACCCCUCUGUCCUUGCGCGGCUGAAGCGCCUCGAAGAGCACUACUCGGAACACGGUAUGCGACGAACGUGCGAAGGCAUAUUGGUCUGCCACGAGCACAACCAUCCCCACAUCCUCAUGCUGCAGAUUGCGAACGCUUUCUUUAAGCUCCCUGGUGAUUACCUCCGCGCUGAAGAUGACGAGAUUGAGGGUUUCAAGGCGAGGCUAAAUGAGCGCCUUGCGCCCGUCGGCACACAGUUCACAGGAGAGGGCGUCAACGACGAAUGGGUGGUUGGAGACACAUUGGCGCAGUGGUGGCGGCCCAACUUUGAGACCUUCAUGUACCCCUUCAUCCCCGCCCACGUUACCAGGCCCAAGGAGUGCAAGAAGCUCUACUUCAUCCAGCUUCCCCGCAGCAAGGUCCUCAGCGUUCCAAAGAACAUGAAGCUCCUCGCCGUUCCCCUGUUCGAAUUGUACGAUAACACUGCUCGAUACGGACCCCAACUCUCAGCUAUUCCACACCUACUCUCCCGGUACAACUUCGAGUUUGUCGACGAACAGGGCAAUGUCGCAGCGUGCACACCUGGUGUAGGCCCACCAGAGGGAUACCGUCCACAGACCAAAGUCCUGGCAGGUGGAGAUGGUGAAGACGUGAAGAUGGAGCAAAAUGGAGAUGGGACUGCUAGCGACAUCACGCUCUCAUAG